AUGGCUGCCAUGGAGGCCCUGGUGGUGCCGGCAGCUGCUGUGUCUGCAGUCUGUGACCUUGAGAAACCUAGAGGCUUAAUAGGAAGAGCAGAACAUCGAAGGUCAUCCCUUUACCGUUAUCCAAAAAGAAGAGCAAGUGUUCAUCCUAACAGGUUGGUGUUUACUUUUGCUUUCAGUACGACCCAUUUACUGGUCUAUGUGCGCCAGUGCCUGGCCGAGGCCGAGCAGGAAGAGCAGCUGCCCCCCGAGAUGCAGGAGGAGGCGGCGGGGCUCAAGAGCGAGCAGCAGAGGCUGUGGCAUCUUUUCCAGAUCUCAGCCACUGCCGUGGCCCAGCUCUACAAGGAUUCUGGGCGCCAGCAGGCAGGACUCUCCUUGUGGGACCCCUUCCAGAACGCGGCCAUGGCCGUGACCAGCCUCUACAAAGAGAGCGGGGUUGCCCACCAACGAAGUUUUGACCUGGGCAUCCAGGUUGGCUACCAGCGUCGCGUCAAAGAUGUGCUGGAGUGGGCAAAAAAGGGCCGGAGCAUCAUUCGUCGCGAAGAUCUGAUUAGCUUCCUGUGUGGCAAAGUGCCCCCCGCUCCUCCCCCGCCGCGUACUCCCAGGACGCCCCCGAAACCGCCCGCCGGGGCCCCGGGCCAGGCAGUGGCCACUGAGUCCAGCUCGUCGGUGGACGUCGACCUACAGCCCUUCCACGAGGCCAUCGCCCUGCACGGCCUCAAUGGCGCCAUGGCCAGCAUCAGCGUGCGAUCAGGUCCACCUGGCUCCCCGCCUCAAGAGAGCGGUGUUGCCAGCAAUGGGCGCCGAAAAAGUAGCUUCUUCGAGGACGACUUGAAUCCCUUCGCCUCGGAAGAACUGGCCCUCCGCCUGGACAGUGGGGGGAUCCGUAAGCGCACCUCAGCCCAGUGCGGUGAUGGCAUCACAGACUCCCCAACCCACAAGCGCAACAGAAUGGUCUAAACUGCGUCCUUGGUCGCCUGCCGCCAUAUUGCUUGAAAGCUAACUCGAUCUCCUGCAGCUCAGGAGGCUAACACACUUGUGGAAAGGUUGCUGGAGACCAUCUUUAUUGCUUCUCUAAGUUAACAAAGAUCUCUAUCAAGUUUGCCAUAAAGAAACUUUAAAUGUAUUCCAGAAGAGGCCUCAUAUGACUGACUUUCCAAAAAAUAUAAUCCUAGCAGAGAACAUUAAAUAUGUAGUAGUUAACAAGAUCAUUUAAAGCAGACAUAUCUGGUCAAGGCAGGAGCCUGGUUUAUCUUGUUCACAGUUAUAUUUAUUGGCACCUAGCACAGUUUCAGGUGCUCAAUAAAUGCUUGUUGAAUGAAUAAAUGUGACCUUAUUUAAAAUUCUUAAAGGGAAAGGAUAUAGCAGGUGUUUACUUGGUUAUAGAAUGCUUUUAUCUUUGUUUGAUGGUUGUUGGCUUUAAUGGUCUUUGCCAAUUCAGUUACAUUGAACCAAAAUGUAAAACUUGACAUCUUUGUGAAAUCUGGCAUCUCCCAUUUUUACUCCACCUAUUUUCUAGAAAGAAACUGUACAAGUAAUACAUAUUAGGCUGUGAUUUUUUUAUUUUGAAAAAUAGUUGAUGAUUUUAGUGAUUAUGUGAUGGUGUAAAGCGGUGCUAUGAUGGUUGAAAAGGUAAUACUUGA